GGGUCGUUUCAAACGCUUUAUUUGUUGGAAAUCGUAAAUUUUGGCUGCUUGUCGCGGACAUGGAGGAGGAAACUGGCAGCCUGCAGCCUGAGGAGGACCAACCUGAGGCUGAGGAGGAAACUCCUGAGCCUGAGAGUGAAAUUCCUGAAUCUGCGGAUGAAAUUCCGGAGUCCCAGGAAGAAAUUUUAGAGUCAAAAUCUGAAAAUGCGGAACCUAAACCUGAAAAUGCGGAAUUUGAACCUGAGGAACGUGAUAAUUCAGCCGAGGAAGAGCCUCAGAGUGCAGAACCUGAGCAAACCGAAGCAGAAAAUUCAAUCGAUGACUCGGACCUUCUACAAAUGAUCGAAGAAGCAAAACAGGACCUUCUAGAAAGCCCCCUUGAGGGCUCCACAGGUAGGGAAGGGGAGGGAGAAGAAGAGGAGGAGGAGGAAGCAGACAAGUCUUCGAGCCCCUCCGAGGUCGGGCCGAGCGCCAAUAAGGAAAAGCGGCUGAGUAAACACAGAAAUCAGGGCCAGGAGGACAACUCAGACGACUCAGCGCGAAGCCUGACCCCCGAGGAGGCGGCCCUGCCCCCCUUGGGCCCUCGCACGCCACCCCCCACCACCCAAGGAGAGACUCAGACCGACUGGCGGCAGUCAGGCGUCGAGGUGGUCAGUUUGCCGCUGCUCAGGGAGAUGAAAAGGGUGCAGGGUGAGCCUGGAGAAAGGUGGGAGGAAAAGGUCCUGGGCACUGAGGUCACGGCCCGAUUCAAAGAGCCAAUGCCCACCGUCGUCCUUCCCCUCGACAGGUUCUAUCCAAUGGACAGUCCUUUGGCGUCGGCGUGCGGCGGCCGUCUGACAGGACGCGGCUCCAACCUGGAGGUGGUGUCUACCUACACGACACACACGGCCAACAACGUGGUCGACGCUCAGGUCACCUACCGCGACGACAAAAGGGGUGGCGUCCGUGUCGACAUAGACGGCGGUGGUCUCCAAGUAAUUUUGGACGUGGAGCAAAAAAAGAAGAGGAAGCGGAAGGCCAACAAGUGGGAGCGUCGGAUGAAGAGGGAGCCGCUAUCUCUGCGACCACCAAAGCCUAAAUUCAACCGGUGCCCCGACCUGUUGAGGAAGCUGGCGUGGCUUGAGGACAAGGCCGAGGAGAGGCAUGUGCUUCGCAUGCAGGUCAGCAGGGAUGCCAAGCACUGGAAACCCACUCUUCCACAAAGAGCUGUGCCAGAUUUUGGUCCUCGCUGGAAAGAUUGGCACGCCAUGCCGUACCCUGAGGAGCCACCCACUAAAGAUGUAGGCCGCACGCUGGUGUCGACCAAUCAGCACGUGGGCCUGAUGAUGUACGCCAGGCACCUGGAGGGGAAGCGACGGCAGGCGCGGAAGCUGGCACCACAGCCAUGUUCCCUUCCCCCUGCGACGGAACUGCGGCCGGGCGUGCGGCCAGCCAGCGUUUAUGAGGACGAGCGAAUCAAACGACUCAGGGAGGCCAGGGAGCACUACGCCAGGGUCUCCAUGGGCACCCUUCCACCACUUCCCCUUGAGGAAAGGGAUGAGAUGGGAGGGGAGGACAUGGAGUCAACGAUUGAGCUGCUUCUUCCUGAUAUUUUGGAGGAUACGGUUGAGGAGGUUGAAGAAGAUGGAGGGGAAGAGCUGGAACUUCAGGUGGAAGGGAAAGAGGAAAUUAUUCCAGAGGCACAGGAAGAAGGAGACGUUGAGGAGGAAGGGGAAGGGGAAGUUGAGGAAGAAAAGGAGGAGGGGAUAGAGAUCGAGGAAGGAGGAGAAGUUGCUCAGGUGGAAGAGGAAAAUAUCAAAUUAGAGGAAGAAGAAGGGGAAGAUGACCAGAAAGAAGAAGUUGGCCAGGGAGAAGAGGAAAUUGACCAGGAGGAAGGAGAAGAAAUUCAAGAGGAGGAGCAAAUUGAAGAAAAUGCUGAAGAAGGGGAGGAGGAGCCAGGUGUGGAGGAAAUUGAAAAAGAAGGAGAGGAGGAACAGGCCGCUGAAAACGAAGCGGAGGAGGAAGCCGCUUGA